AUGUCAUCAUCAUCAUCCUCAUCAUCAUCAUCAUCAUCAGCAACACCAGCAGCAGUAGUAUCAGGAACAGGAUCAGAAAUGACACCAUCAUCACAGGACAAUUAUAUGCAAUGGAAUAUCUUCAAACUUUAUGCUAAGCAGCAAAUGAAUACACCAGAUGAUCCGGUAAUUCAUAGUCCGGGAUCGAUGCAUAAUGGACCAACAACAAUAACACCAACAGUAGCAGCUACAGCAGGAGCAGUUAUUUCUAAUUCUGGUACAGAAAUUUUAUCGGGUGAAAAUACAGUAACGACAGGUACGGGUACAGGUACUGGUAGUGGUACACUAGUUGGUGGACCAGCAACAACGGUAACAGCAGCUAAUGCAGCAGUACGAUGUAAUGGUGGUUCCGGUAUUACAGUAACGGUAGCUCCGGGUUCAUUGCCGGCAGUUGCUGCAGGCAAUCUUUUGCGAUUAUUGAAGGGUGGAUUGUCUGGUGUAGGUUUAAAUAUGAUGGAUGAUUUAACAAUGAAUACUGGUACUGUACGUCAAAGUGCUUCAUCUAGUGGAUGCUGUUCACCAAAUAUUGAAACUGGCGCUGAUGAAGCUCGACGUCGUCAAAAAACGUGUCGCGUAUGUGGUGAUCAUGCAACGGGUUAUAAUUUUAAUGUUAUCACAUGCGAAUCAUGUAAAGCUUUCUUCAGAAGGAAUGCUCUAAGACCUAAGGAAUUUAAAUGUCCUUAUUCGGAUGACUGUGAUAUCAAUUCGGUAAGCCGACGAUUUUGCCAGAAAUGCCGGCUACGGAAAUGUUUUGCUGUUGGUAUGAAAAAAGAAUGGAUUUUAAAUGAAGAACAAUUAAGAAGGCGGAAGAAUUCACGUUUAAAUCAUAUGCAACAACAACAAAAUCGUAAUACAAAUACAAAUAAUAGUGGUACAACAAAUGCUAUCACAAAUACAAGAAAAUUAUCAACACCAAUGAGUAUUGCUACCUCGAAUCAACCAACUAAUACUACUUCAUCAUCGAGUACAUCACCAGCUAUGUUUAGUACAGCUCAGAUGAUCCAUCGCAGGGAAUCAGAUUCGACCCUUGUUAAUCCAUCUGUUGUUCAUACGAUGCUAAGUCCUACUAAUUCAACAGUUUCACCCUCAGUGCUAUCUUCCUCAUCACCUGAUUCACCUACACAUAGUGCUCUAAUUGGUCUACCUCAACUGGAUACAAGCAGCGAUGCUUACGAAUCAAAUUUGAUGCGUUUACAACGACAACAAGCAGCUGUAGCUGCUGGUGCAGCAUAUGCAAAUUUACGACGAAAUGGUUGUGGUACAGGAAUGUUACCACCAAAUUCAACAUUAUCAUCAUUAGCUCGGGCUAAUGAUGCUUUCUCACCAAAAGGUCCAGAACCACAUGUAACAAUGUCAAUGGAUGAAUAUCAAGCAUUGGUAAAAGCAGCUAAAGCAGGUGGUGCUAUGGUACCACCGGUUCCAUCAUCAAGCUCUGAUCCAUGUUCUUCUCAAUCUAUUUCCAAUACAUUGGAUGAUAUCAAACGUAAUAUUUAUUCACCAAUUGAGCAUGAAACAUCAAUGAACAUUGGAAAUAGUCAUGGUAUCAUACGACCAUCAUUAAUUCAAUGCACACCGAUCACAGAUUAUACAGAAUUGAAUGCAGCAUCAGCUAAUUUACCACGAGCAACAUAUAAAUUAACACCGGAUAUGGAUAAAAAAGUAAAAUAUAUGCACGAUACGAUACACGAUGAGCUGAAUAAUGAUUCAUCAAAAUUGUGCACUGAACGUGAAACUUUGAAAGCUCGUUUUUACGUUCCUUUAAAGAUUGAACAAACAAUUUAUCAUGAAGGUGAUUCUCGACUUAAUUACCAACUUAAUUCAGCCGAACUUCGCGCAUUGGAUAUUGUUCGAGAUGCAUUUGCUUGUAUGAAUGAACCAAUUGAAGAUCCACGAAAAGCGGCAUAUUUGAAGAAGACUGCUCAUGAUCCCACUGAUAUCCUUAAUAUCAUUGAUAUCACAAUGCGAAGAUUGGUUAAAAUGGCUAAGAAGUUACCAGCAUUCAAUGAUCUAUCACAAGAUGGAAAAUUUGCACUGCUAAAAGGUGGAAUGGUAGAAAUGUUGACGAUGCGUGGUGUAACACGUUUUGAUAUGGAUCGGAAAUGUUGGCGGACACCAGUUGUUCCUGAAGAAAGUAAGAUAUCAUUGGAAAUGUUUGAUCAAUUAAAGGAAGGUCUUCGUGAUCGACAAAAAGACGGAUUUUUAAAAUUUUGUGAAUCGUUACAUCCGGAUCUUCGAAAUAAUGAGCUUGCUAUUGAUUUAAUUGUUCUCAUUCUGUUAUUUGAUCCAAAUCGUGAUGCGUUACUGGAUCCGACUGAUCGUAUUACUGUUGUCAGGCAUUGUCAAGAAUAUCAAGCUCUUUUGCAUCGUUAUAUGGAAUCAAUGUAUGGUCAUGAAGCUCAUUUACGUUAUGAACAUUUACCGGAAUCAUUGAAAAUUUUGAGGACGAUUAGCCAGAAUGCAGUAACUCUAUUCCUGGGACGUGUUGAUCCUAAUCAAUCUGAAGCACUUCCAAAAGAAUUCUUCAAAACUACUUAG